UCACACCGAUGCGUUUCUCGUCUAAAAAUAGCGAUAGGAAUUUGCGUUUUUUGGUGACUAUUUAACACCAGUUUUUCCAAAUCGUGUCAUAUUUUUUUAAAAUUAGAAUCAACCGAGGAUAUCCAGAAGAGAGUAGGAACAUAGUUUGGUUUAAGAGGCAUUUUGAAGCCGUUUUGCUCGAGAGCUACGGCUGAGCACUCGGUGUACUGUCUGCCUGCUGCAUAUGCACAAACGGAACGUCGACUGACAUCGGUGAAUGGUGUGUCACCGACAAUUUUGGGUGUUCACCGAACUGCGAAUAUACAAAGUUUUGAUGUUUUUAAAUCAACGUGAAGACGACUUCAAAUCAAAAUGAGUUUAACGAAGGGUACGAAGAAAGACACAAAGAUGCGGAUUCGGGCUUUCCCGACUAACAUGGAUGACAAGUAUGUUGACAACAUCUGGGCUUUGCUGAAGAACGCUAUACAGGAGAUCCAACGUAAGAAUAAUAGUGGUCUUAGCUUUGAGGAGCUAUAUAGGAAUGCCUACACCAUGGUGCUACAUAAACAUGGUGAACGACUAUACACAGGGCUUAGAGAUGUCGUCACUGAACAUCUAGUGGAAAAGGUUCGAGCUGAUGUUCUGACGUCACUGAAUAACAACUUCUUACAGACACUAAACGCAGCAUGGAAUGACCAUCAGACUGCCAUGGUGAUGAUCAGAGAUAUCUUGAUGUACAUGGACCGUGUAUACGUACAGCAGAACAAAGUGGACAAUGUAUACAACCUGGGGCUGAAAAUAUUCCGUGAUCAGGUGGUCCGCUACGGUAACAUUCGUGACCAUCUACGACAGACUCUACUUCAGCUGGUCAUGAAGGAACGUAGAGGAGAAGUUGUCGACAGAUCAGCAGUAAAGAAUGCUUGCCAUACAUUGAUGGUUCUUGGAAUUGACUCCAGAUCAGUUUAUGAAGAAGACUUUGAGCAACCCUUCUUAGAACAGUCAGCUGAGUUUUAUCAGGCGGAGAGCCAGAAGUUCCUUGCUGAAAACAGUGCUUCAGUUUACAUCCGCAAGGUUGAGGCUCGUAUUAAUGAAGAGGCAGAGAGGGCAGCACACUACCUAGAUAAAUCAACAGAGGAACCUAUUGUUAAGGUUCUAGAGGAUGAGUUGAUAAGCAAACACAUGAAGAACAUUGUUGAUAUGGAAAACUCAGGUGUAGUCCACAUGCUGAAAAACAACAAGAAAGACGACUUGGCGUGUAUGUACAAGCUUUUCAUUCGAGUCCCUAAGGGUCUGGAGACGAUGUGCAAGUGUGUGAGCGGGUAUCUAAGGGAGCAAGGCAAGGCAUUGGUACAAGAGGAGGACUGUGGAAAGAAUCCCAUACAGUAUGUCCAGGACCUGCUAGAGCUGAAGGAUAGAUUCGACAUGUUCUUGCGAGAAUCGUUCAACAAUGAUCGCAAGUUUAAACAAACCAUCUCAGGAGAUUUUGAAUACUUCCUCAACCUCAACGCCAAGUCCCCUGAGUACUUGUCCUUAUUCAUCGAUGACAAGCUAAAGAAAGGCGUCAAAGGGCUAACGGAACAAGAAGUGGAAGCAAUCUUGGACAAGAGCAUGGUGUUGUUUAGGUUCUUACAAGAGAAGGAUGUCUUUGAGCGUUACUACAAGCAACAUCUUGCAAAGAGACUACUUCUUAAUAAGAGUGUUUCUGAUGACUCAGAGAAAAACAUGAUCUCAAAGCUUAAGACGGAAUGCGGCUGCCAGUUCACAUCCAAACUAGAAGGAAUGUUUAAAGACAUGACUGUGUCCAACACCUUCAUGGAUGAGUUCAAGAAUCAUGUACAAACAGCUCAAAUCAACAUGUAUGGAGUAGAUCUCAGUGUUCGAGUCCUAACUACUGGAUUCUGGCCCACUCAGUCCGCCACACCACAGUGCACCAUACCACACCAGGCUAGAGGAGCCUUUGAAGCCUUCAAGAGGUUCUAUUUGACAAAACACACAGGGAGACAGAUCUCACUAACACCACAGCUCGGCUCAGCAGAUCUACAUGCAGUAUUUUACGGCUCAAAAAAGGAGGUUGGUAAGAGUGAACUGAAGAGACACAUCAUCCAAGUUUCUACAUAUCAGAUGUGCAUCCUGAUGCUAUUCAAUUCAAGAGAACAAGUCACGUAUGAGGAGAUUGGCCAAGAGACGGAUAUCCCAGCGAAGGACCUGAUACGAGCAUUACAGUCACUUGCCUUAGGGAAACCCACGCAGAGAAUAUUAGUCAAAGAUCCCAAGUGUAAAGAAAUCGAAAAUAGUCACAUUUUUACAGUCAACGAUCAGUUCACCUCAAAGCUAUUCAGGGUCAAGAUCCAAACAGUGGCGGCUAAAGGCGAGUCUGAACCAGAGAGGAAAGAAACCAGGACGAGGGUCGAUGAAGACAGGAAGCAUGAGAUAGAAGCAGCAAUCGUUCGCAUCAUGAAGUCCAGGAAGAAGAGACAGCAUAAUGUACUAGUAGCAGAGGUUACCGAACAGCUCAAAUCUAGGUUUCUACCAAGUCCAGUGGUCAUCAAGAAGAGAAUAGAAAGCCUUAUUGAGAGGGAGUAUUUAGCCAGGACGACAGAAGACAGGAAAGUCUACACAUACGUAGCAUGAGAUAAACAAGAAGUGCAGUGUAAAUUAUCGGUCCUUCAACCCCAGAGUGGAAACAACACAAGUCAUCUUAUUAUAUUUUAUUUUAAUAAACAAAAAGCAUUGAAUUGAGGCUCAUUCUGUAGCAGUCAUUUCAUCCAUUGAUUCAAGAAGCAGUAUAAAGGAUUUUGCAGUGUUAAUAAAUCCAACUUGACCCCAACAUCACAGAGCUAAAUAGCCAAGAAAAGUUGCUUAUCAUUUCAAAAAUGUGUGCUAAGCAGAAUCAGAUGAGCAGCCAAAGCAUCGUGUAAUGUAGGUUGUUUGUGACUGGUGUCCAUGACAAAAAGAUUCGGUGAGCAACAUGUUCUGUUUAAAAAGCUCUAUGAAAUUAAGUCUUUUCAUUUUCUUAUGACCAGAGACAGGGGGUGGGGGUGAUAGAUUUGUUUUGUUUUAAUCACAAGUUCAUCUAUGGUGAGCUUAACGUUGACUUUUUAAUCAUGUUGGGUUUUUAUUUUUUGUUAUUUAAGUUAACACCCAUUGAAACCCUGUGGUGUAGACAUGUCUGCCUCACAACAUGUUACAAUUGAUUGUUUUUGUCCCAGCUUUAUUUACUUAUUAUAACAGCUUGAUUUUUGCAAUGAUUAGGACUUCACACGACAGCAACAUUUUGUAAUUUACAUAAAAAACCACCCACAAUUGUGAUGAAGCCAGUACUGCAGAACCAAAUCAUCUUGGAUGUGGAGUUUAUGGAUAUGGUUGGUUCUGAGCCUAAUCGUUGGGGUUGGGGAUGUCUCAAUAAGUCUGGGUUUUGGUUUUUUGUUUUAAUUAUUAUAUCUGAGGGUGAGCAAUAUAUGAUAAUGCACUCUCCAUUAUGCAAAUUCAGCUGCCAACAACUAAUAAUCAAUGUAUUUAUUUUUGAUAAUUUUUUUUAAUUGCCAACAGUUUGUGUCCACUGUGACCUGGUCUAGGCUUUUGCAGUUUCAUUUAAGAAGUCCUUGCUAAAAACCCAGAUCUAUCUGUGCACUGAUUGGUCAGUUUCGCUGCUUAUCCGGUUCUAUCUGAGCACUGAUUGGUCAAUUCAUUGCUCAUCAGGUUCUAUAUCAGUGCUCUGAUUGGUCAGUUCACUGCUAAUCCAGUUCUAUCAGUGCUCUGGUUGGUCAGUGUAAUUGCUAAUCCAGUUCUAUCAGUGCUCUGAUUGGUCAAUGUCAUUGCGAAUCCGGUUCUAUCGGUGCUCUGAUUGGUCAGUGUAAUUGCUAAUCCAGUUCUAUCAGUGCUCUGAUUGGUCAAUGUCAUUGCUAAUCCGGUUCUAUCAGUGCUCUGAUUGGUCAGUGUGAUUGCUGGUCCAGUUCUAUCAGUGCUCUGAUUGGUCAGUGUAAUUGCUAAUCUAGUUUUAUCAGUGCACUGAUUGUUCAAUAUCAUUGCUAAUCCAGAUGAGCUAUGAUUUGUUUGUCAUCGGAAGUUAUUUUGGACAAUGAGAGGCAUUUUGGUUAAAGUGUCAUAUCGAUACACACAUUUAAUAAAACACUGUUAUUAUAUUUCUAACAUGUAAAUCAUUGAGUAAAAGGACUAUUAGCCAACAUACACCCCCCCCCCUUCUUAUUCCUGUCCAAUUGAGCAACAGACGCAAGAAGGUACAUUCAUGUUCAUUGCGUCUCACAAGAUACACCCCCCCCCUUCUUAUUCCUGUCCAAUUUGAGCAACAGACGCAUUGCGUCUCACAAGAUCAGAGCCCAGUUUCAUAUACACACUGUAGCUGCUUAAGCACACGAACAACAGAGUAAGGUGACCAGCUAACAUACCAUGUCACAUGAACAAUCUGCGACUAAUAUCCAGCUUACUUUUGCUUAGCAGAUAAACACUCUGCUUAGGGGAACUCAAAAUUUUGUCCUGGAAAGAAAACAAAUGGGACUUCAGAGUUUGAAAGUCCUGCUUACUAUUAUUUUUUGGAGCGUGUAGAAGAGGAGCCUAUAAAUGUGAGGACGGUGGAUUCUUACUUACAUAAAUCUGUAUUGACGCUAACUAUAUGUUAUAAUUAUUGAUAAAGGGCUUUAUACUAGAUAAGCUCUGGGACAAAACUGUGUGUUUUAUGCAUUCACAUUGUACAGUAUCACAAUAAGCAUCUUGUUAAUAUCAAAUGAGCUUGAUGCAGCUCAUACAAAACUACGGAAAUAAAACAAUAUUAUGUUUAAUUUUCUUUGGAAAUAAAACCAACAUUUGGUGUACAUUUUGUUAUGUGCUUAUAGCGUGCAAUUGGA